CCUACUCUUGUGCCGUCUGGCUGACUUGACAGUGGCAUGCCAGACUGAGCCAGUCGUACAGGGGAGCGCCAGUCAGCAGGUCUUGACUGUUGGUGACGAUAUGAGAGGAAGUCCGAUGUGUUAACCUGGUAGUCACCCGGUGUAUAGGCCGCUAUAGAGCAGCAUCCAUCUAAACUGGACUACUCGACCGGCCCGGCGGCUGCUCUCGCUACCUGAUUGGCUAACUAGCUAGCUAAUAUCAACUCGCUAACUUCACCAUUUUAAGGCGGUUUAAGGGACGAGUAGUGUGGGGAAAGCGGGGCCUGUGGCCAGUACGAUUCGGUUCACAGCUGACCUGGAGAGCAGAACAGCCUGAUUUAUUUUUCGUAGCAACAUCCUGCUGAGAUGGGGUGUUGGAACCUGUCCCAGCAUACACAUGACAACCUGAGUGAAGCCCUCGAGAAGCUGAAGCUAGCGUCUACAGACAGUGCGACUGACAGCGUGGAGAGCUGCUUGGACUGCCUGCUGAAAGCACUCGCCAACAACAACACUGAGACCAGCGUGAAGAUCCAGGAGAUGGGCAUUCUUCCCCUGCUUCCCACCCUGCUAAACCCCCAGUCUUCCUGCACACCUAAAGUAGCCAAUAUCAUAGCUGAGGUGGCCAAAAAUGAGUUCAUGCGAAGUCCCUGUGUUGAAGCCGGCCUCAUCCCGCCUCUAAUUCAGCUGUUAAACUCCACCGACCAGGAGGUUUUACUGCAGACUGGCCGAGCUCUUGGCAACAUCUGUUAUGACAGCCAUGAGGGCAGGAAUGCAGUUGACCUGGCAGGAGGGGCUCAGAUAGUAGCUGAACACAUUAAAUCCCUCUCCCAAAAUACUGAGCCGGAAAAUGAGAAGCUCUUGACUGUCUUUUGUGGCAUGCUGAUGAACUAUAGCAAUGAUAAUGACUCCUUACAAGCUCAGCUGAUCAAUAUGGGUGUAAUUCCCACUCUGGUGAAGCUGCUAGGCAUCCAUUCCCACAAUGCGGCCCUGACAGAAAUGUGUCUAAUUGCUUUUGGGAAUUUGGCCGAGCUUGAGUCCAGCAAAGAGCAGUUUGCCUCCACGAACAUCGCUGAGGAGCUGGUGCGUCUUUUCCAGAAGCAGACAGAGCAUGAGAAGAAGGAAAUGAUUUUUGAGGUUCUGGCUCCACUUGCAGAAAAUGAUGUGAUAAAGCUGCAGCUGGUGGAGGCGGGCUUGGUGGAGUGUCUCCUGGAGGUAGUGGCCCAGACUGUAGAUGGAGAGAGGGAGGAGGACAUCACUCAGUUAAAGACUGCCUCCGACCUCAUGGUUCUGCUGCUGCUUGGAGAUGAGUCCAUGCAAAAGCUGUUUGAGGGAGGAAAGGGCAGUGUGUUCCAGAGGGUCCUGUCCUGGAUCCCAUCUCAUAACCAUCAGCUGCAGCUCGCUGGAGCUCUUGCCAUCGCCAAUUUCGCUCGCAAUGAUGGGAAUUGCAUCCACAUGGUGGACGCCGGUAUUGUGCAAAAGCUUCUGGAGCUGCUGGAUCGGCAUGUUGAGGAAGGCAACGUCACUGUUCAACAUGCAGCGCUGAGCGCCCUGCGGAAUCUGGCCAUACCCGUGGUAAACAAAUCCAAGAUGCUGUCGGCAGGAGUAGCAGAUGUGGUGUUGAAGUUUUUGCAAUCAGAGAUGCCUCCUGUCCAGUUCAAACUCCUGGGGACGUUACGGAUGCUCAUUGAUACGCAAGCUGAAGCUGCAGACCAGCUGGGAACCAAUGGGAAACUGGUGGAGAGGCUGGUGGAGUGGUGUGAAGCCAAAGAUCAUGCAGGCGUGAUGGGGGAGUCCAACAGGCUCCUGUCGGCCCUCAUUCGACACAGCAAGUCCAAGGAAGUCGUCAGGACGGUCAUCCAGGGAGGAGGUGUUAAACACUUAGUCACCAUGGCAACUAGUGAGCAUAUGAUUAUGCAGAAUGAAGCGCUGGUGGCUUUGGGUCUCAUAGCAGGCCUGGAUCUGGUUGCAGCUGAGAAGGACUUUGUUGGAGCUAGCCUGGUGUCUGUGCUUCACAAGCUGCUGUCAGAUGAAAGGAGUGCACCAGAGAUCAAGUACAACUCUAUGAUACUCAUCUGUGCAGUCAUGGGCUCAGAACCUCUCCACAAAGAAGUCCAGAGCCUGGCAUUCAUAGACGUGGUGUCAAAGCUGAGGGCUCAUGAAAACAAAACGGUUUCACACCAGGCGUCGCUCACAGAGCAGCGAUUAACUGCCCAGAGCUAAAUGACUGUGUCCAACCCCACCCACACCCACCCACCCAAAUGCCUGCCCAACCACCUAAUCACCUGAUGACACCUCAUGACUUCAUGACUGCUCUCCCAUGUCCCAUCGUCAUGUGCCAAGGUACCACGUCGCGUUAACUGCCAGCCAGACAUACAUCACGUCUCCACCACCACCCCUCUGCCCUGCCCACCUCCUCCGGGGUUAGACUGAUGUCAGUAUGCUUAUAUACACAUCGUACAGUCUGAGCAUUUUCUAAUUGAAUUUUUAUUUUCAAUAACAAGACAUUGCCCAGAAUUGAGUAUUUGUAGGGAUGCAAAAGCCUCGGAAACUGUUUUUAAACUGCAGUGGGACACCAAAACUCUCCUCUGAAAGCCAUAAUAACGAGAUUUAUUUAGGUGGGUUAGAAGGUCCCGAGGUUGGCGAGGCAGGUUUCAUUUCGGGUUUUACAGACUGACUCUCCUUAAAUGCUCAGUGGCGUAAUUUGCCUGGAGGUGGACACACCCUUGACUUACUGUUCUAUCUGCUAUUGUUUUUCUUUUUAAAUAAACUGACAGCAUCAGUCUAACCCUGGAGCCCACUUCUACUUGUGCAUCUUCUGUGACGAGUAGCUGUGUGGGAGCUGAGGCGCCGUAGACAGCCUAACGCAAUAGACGAGAGACGACACUCUUGUACGACCAUAGCUGUGAUACCAUCCGCCAGUAACCCACCAGUGAAAAAUGUGCACAAAAGAACAAAAAAAAACCCUUCCUGUUGUGAUUUUUCUUUCAUUUUUACAAAAACGCAGCCACCCACGAUGUGCCCAGUCGUGUCCCACGUAGCUCGAAUAUAAACUGACUAGAAACUGUGCAUGUUUUAGUCCUGUUGAAGGUGUGACAGUGUUCAUUUUACCUCUCUGCCACUCCCAUACUCCAGAGUACAGCCUUCCCUCCUCCACUGACACCUGUUUAUUUUUUGCACUUGCUCUUUUUUGGAUCUAUAGAUUUUAUUAGACAUUUAAUUCCAGUUGUCCAAAGACCCCCCUCCCCGCCCAAGUCUAAACUCAUCGCUGAGAGACACCAUGUAAGAGCCAGUCAGGCCUACUUCUGUAUGUCUAGCUCAGCUCAUAGACUGCGUGCAGUUGAAGUCAAGACCAGAACAGGGACUUGUUAGUGUGUCUGUCAAAACAGAAAUGUGCUGCAGCGCUUAAUGAGUUUAACUAUCAACACAGAUGUACAUCCUCGGGGCCAGAGAUGUCAUACUGCAUAUCACAAUCUUACAUUAAUGUCUCCCGAUGCUGCACAUUUCAGUCGUUGAGCUGCACCUAAAAAUGAUUAUCGGAAGAUUGUUGUAAAUACAAACAUACCAAAUGAUAGGCAAUCUUACUGGUGACAUAAGGUGGGACAGAACAAUGCCAGGUGGGUCAAAGUAACAGAAAUAUGUGAUUUUUGUCAAAACAAGAAAGGCCUCUUCCAUUAAAGUCAAUACAAAUCAAUUAAAUCAAAAUGGUACCCAGUGUCUUUUCCACAAAAUCUUUGAUUCACAUACAGAGACCUUUCUUGGUCUGACUGAAUCAUGUUUUUGAUCACACUUUUUGACUUUGCACCCACCUUUUUUUUAAACGAUAUUACAGAUUGUCUGUUUCACAUCAGUCUGACCAAUGCAUUGCAGUUUGCCUAAUUAUUGUUUGACACUUUGGAUAACCAGAUUUACACUGUGGACAAAACUCAAGAAAAUAUCAACAAAAGUUUAUUUUUUAAUAUUUUUGGAUGGACAGGAAAUGGUCUACUCUGUAGAGCAGCCAAAAACAAGAUAAAGUCAAAGCAGGCAUGAGACUAAGAACUUAGAACAGUAGACUGAAGUACUUCAACUUAGGAACAAGAUUCACUCAACAAUCCUGGAAGAAAAUCAGCCCAGCAGUGGGGCACUGUUGUGCUCUGUAAGGAAACCGCCAUUCCUACAAGUGUGUACAAUUUGUGUCUGUGUUGUGAAUGUACUGCUUGGGGGGAAGGUAGCAUCAAGCAGAGCCUGUGAGAACAGGUCUCUGAAUGCAGACGCAAAACAGCAGCAGCACUGCGCCUUCCAGAGGACAGGUCUCUCUUUAUGUGUGACACCUGGGUCUUCUAGUUAAAAUGCACGUUUCAGCAUGUCCCACACUGUACCGACACUCUGUUAACAUACUGCUGUUGUUUCCUGGUGUGGGCCCGCGCUUUUUUUGUUUUGUUUUUUGUUUUUUUUUAAAGGUAUGAAUGGUUAUUUAUCAGAUUUGUGCUCUUCUUAAGACACAUGCCAGUGGAGAUGUAUCCAUAGUAACUGCAUAAAAUACUAUAAACUUAAAUGUUUGCUGUAAAUGUCAUGAGUUGUACAUUUGGAGGAUUGUAACUCAGCAGAUAAUUAAAGAUGAUAGCUGGUGA